ACCAUCUCUUGGAAUCAGCUGGUGAGUUUGAGCGAUAGAAACUGACGAUAAUGGCGGCCACCCAUUCCGGAACCCACGACACGUCCGACUGUCUGCCCAACUGCACCCUGGAGGCAGCGAUGAAGAUCAUAGUGGACAUCUAUCAUCAAUACUGCGUCCGGGAAGGCAAGAACGAUCUGCUCAGCUUGAAGGACUUGACGGAACUCCUCAAAUGCCAGGCGCCCACUUUCCUCGCUGCCUGCAACCGGAAUCGUGCGGGUUAUAUUGAACAUCUCUUCAAAGAGGCAGACGUGAAUCACGACCAGCAGCUCACCUUCAAAGAAUCCAUCAAGGUGCUCUCUAUCCUGGCUGAUGACGUCCAUCGCAUCAGUCACGGCGAGGACCGAUGCGGUCCGGAUAAGGACUGACCCACCCCAGCCGCCAAACAGGGAGACCCAUCUGAACACAUGCGCUAGGGCUUUGCUGAUCCUUACUAACGACAAACAUCU